AUGGCGGGAUCGCGGCGAGGGGGCGACGAGGAGGCGUGCCGCGUCGGGCUCCUGGACGGGCACGGCGGCGCCAAGAAGGAUGACUGGCAGGUGGUCGCCGGCGGCGAGGAAUCCAGCAAGCUCGGGAGGCGGGUGUUGGAGGAGUCGAAGAAGCUGUGGGUGAUCGUGGCGCCGGCCAUGUUCAGCCGCAUCGUCACCUUCAGCAUGAACGUCAUCACGCAGGCCUUCGCCGGCCACCUGGGCGACCUCGAGCUCGCCGCCAUCUCCAUCGCCAACACCGUCGUCGUGGGCUUCAGCUUCGGCCUCAUGCACUAUGGGUUGCCACACGAGUCCACGUUGCUCUUCGGAUCAGUGGCAAGGAAAGGAACAAAAAAUAAUAAGAAACGAACAAGCAUUGGGAUUCCCUCGCCGUGGUUUGGAUUUAGUGGGCGGAGGCCCUAUUUCGCAUUAGAACGAACGUCCCGCCGAUUUGUUGCGAGCAGCUCUGUCGAAUCCGCACUAAAUGCUGCAAGCUCCCACUGGCAGGCACCCAUUGACUUGGCUAGACGCAGAUUAAACUUGUUGGCAGAGUAUCUCAGCAUCUCACACACUUGGCCAGCCCGUGAAACAAAGACUUGGCACGACUUGUGGAGAGCAUUUUUUGAGCGCACAAACGAGAUGGGGAGGUGUCAUUCGCCACUGUCCACUCUCAGUUUGAUUCCGAAAGCAGCUGGAGCCAUCGAGAGAGAGCUUGGCAUGGCGAGCGCGCUGGAGACGCUGUGCGGGCAGGCGUUCGGCGCCAAGAAGUUUCACAUGAUGGGCGUCUACAUGCAGCGCUCCUGGAUCGUGCUGCUGGGCUGCGCGGUGCUGCUCCUCCCCAUGUACUUCUUCGCCGAGGACGUGCUGCUGCUCACGGGGCAGUCGCCGGAGCUUUCGGCGAUGGCCGGCAGGGUCUCCGUCUGGUUCAUCCCGCUGCACUUCUCCUUCGCCCUCCUCUUCCCGCUGCAGCGCUUCCUGCAGUGCCAGAUGAAGAACUUCGUCAGCGCCGCCGCCUCCGGGGUGGCGCUCUGCGUCCACCUCCUCGUCAGCUGGCUCUUCAUCACCCGGUUCCAGUUCGGACUCGUCGGGAUCGCGCUCACCCUCAACUUCUCCUGGUGGGCCACCUUCGCCAUGCUCUUCGGCUACGUCGCCUGCGGCGGCUGCCCGGACACGUGGCACGGCUUCUCCGUCGAGGCGUUCGCCGACAUUUGGGAGUUCGUCAAGCUCUCCGCCGCGUCGGGCGUCAUGCUAUGCCUGGAGAACUGGUACUACAGGGUACUCAUCUUGCUGACAGGGAACCUCAAGGACGCGGCUAUUGCGGUGGAUGCGCUCUCCAUCUGCAUGACUAUUAACGCAUGGGAGAUGAUGAUUCCUUUGGCGUUCUUCGCGGGCACUGGAGUUCGGGUGGCGAACGAGCUGGGCGCCGGGAACGGGAAGGGGGCGAGGUUCGCGACGAUCGUGUCGUCCUUGACGUCGCUGGUGAUCGGGCUCUUCUUCUGGGUGCUCAUCAUGGGGCUCCACGACAAGCUGGCGCUCAUCUUCACCUCCAGCGCCGUGGUGCUGGACGCCGUCAACAACCUCGCCAUCCUGCUGGCCUUCACCAUCCUGCUCAACAGCAUCCAGCCCGUGCUCUCAGGUGUGGCUGUUGGGUCUGGCUGGCAAUCCGCGGUGGCCUACAUCAACAUCGGCAGCUACUACCUCAUCGGCGUCCCCAUGGGCGUCCUCCUUGGCUGGCUCUUCAACCUUGGCGUCCUGGGGAUCUGGGCGGGGAUGAUCGGCGGAACGGCCGUCCAGACGCUGAUCCUGGCCAUCAUGACCAUUCGCUGCGACUGGGAAAAGGAGGCCAUGGUCGCGAGCACACGGAUGGACAAGUGGUCCGAGGUCCGGUGA